UUCCUGGGACAGAGAGACCACCAGGUAGCAGAAUGGCAUCCUGGAUCCAGGCCCUCCCUGGGGAGGAAACAGUAAUUCUACAUCCUGCUCAGGGGCCGGUGACCUUUGAGGAGGUGGCUGUGUAUUUCACGGCGGGCGAAUGGGCUCUGCUGGAUCCGGACCAAAAAGCUCUGUACAGAGAAGUCAUGCUGGAGAAUUAUAGGAUCUUGGCCUCUCUGAGUUCCUCUUCGCCUAUUGAUGCAGAAGAAAUUCCCAAACCUGACUUGAUCUCCUGGCUGAAAGAAGAGGAAGACCUUUUUGUCCAGGAUCCCGAAGAAGUCAAGAGAUGUUCAGGUAGCUGGAUAUUUGUGGGAUUGCUUAAGAAACAGGAAAAACUCUCUCACAGGCUGUGA